GUUCCCUCCCUCCACCCCUCCUCUGUUCCCUCCCUUCACCCCUCCUCUGUUCCCUCCCUUCACCCCUCCUCUCUUCCCUCCCUCCACCCCUCCUCUCCUCCAUCCCAGCCCCCCAGUGGACUGCCACAGCAUGGAGCAGCAUCCCUAGUGGUGUAUAGAGGUACUCCCUUCCCUAGUCCGCUCCAGUCUCAUAGAGGAGGAGGAGGGCAGAGGGGGGUGGAGCGGAUUGGGAGAGGGCUCCACUACACCCCUCUACCUAUGCUGAACCCCCAACGCAGGGGAACGGGGCUCCUCUUCUCCCUCAUCCCCCCUUCAGCUGGGGAACGAGAGAUGGGAAGGAUGACUGAAGAGGAGAAGGGAUAUUUUUUACUUCCGUGUAUCAACGUGGGUCGAGGGUUCCAGGCUGAGCUGCCAUGUUGUCUAGAGAGGGAGGAGGGGUCAGGGGCGUGGCCAGAAGAAUCAUCAUCCAAUGAGGAGUUGCUCUGGAAACCUUGGGAGGAGCUUCAGAGGAGUUCUGUAAUUCAGGAAAAAGUGGAGGCAGUGUUGUCUUUGUGUAGUUCUAGCUGUCUACCAGGAGGGGGCAGCAACACAGAGUUGGCUCUACAUUGUCUCUACCUCUGUCAUGGAGAUACACUGGCCACGUUGGAGAGAUUGUUCUUCUCGAACCCAUCAACAGCAGUAGACUACCAUUACGCUGGUAGUGAUGUAUGGCAGCAGACUGAGAGGUCUCUGUUCAGUAAAGCGUUGACGACCCACGGCAAAGACUUCUCUCUCAUCCAACAAAUGGUGCAGACUAAGUGUGUGUCUCAGUGUGUGGAGUUCUACUAUCUCUCCAGGAAACUUCCUGACGAACAGAGGGAGCAGGAACGAGGGACAGAGGAACGGGCGAGUGUGGUGUCCCUCCCUAAACCGAUGGAACGGGUGGUACCAGCCCCAUCAUUGGCUACCAGCUUCCCCUGUAAGCAGUGUGGAAAGAUGUUCUAUAAGAUAAAGAGUCGUAACGCCCAUAUGAAGAUCCAUAGGCAGCAGCAGGAUAACUGGAGAAAACCCCCAGGCCUCGGCAUCAACCUAGCCCAGAACGUCACACCUAACCUGGGCACCAAUCUACCCCAGCGCCAGGCUUCAGGUCGGGCCUACCUCCCAGGCCCCAUCAACAACAACAGCAACCACCACACUGGUGGUGCUCACACCAUCAUCAACAACAACAUCAGCAUUCCAAACAUUCCAAACACCAAUACCGUAACCAAUAGCAACGGUGUCAGUGUCAUCGACUCCACCCCUAAUCAGAGAGGACACGCCCCCCUCCUCUCUGUCCAGCAAUCGUGGGACUUGUUUCAGUUGAACUCUGAUCCUGCGGCAGCGUUCUACUAUGACCCGGAAGUGAAAGGAGCCCUGGGGGUCAAGGUGGGAGGGGUGAAAGGUCAAAUCCUCUGGCAGUAGAGUUCUGGAAUCAGAAUGAAUAGAACAGGACUACAUUCACAUUUUGCACCAUCAAAAGCAUUUAAAAUAUAGUGAGAAAUCUGUAAAUGAUGUGUAAUACGUAUUUAAAUGUUUUCAAUUUUUAUUAAAAUGGAUUUUUGUA